GGGAGGGAUUUAAUGUAAGUUAUAGCAAGGUUACCUUGGAGUCUCUGGUCAAAGUUACUGAGGCCACAGACAAUGAGAUCAAAACAGUUUGAGGAUCGUAUUUUAUAAAGACAGGAAGAUUAAAAGGAGAGACAGCUGUACAACUGAAUAGCAAAUCAACUCAUUGUCUUUAAUAGACAAUCCCCAUACAACAUGCACACAAGCGCUCAAGCUGUUGUGUGUCAGUGUGUUUGUUUUAGUGCUGGAGGCAGUUCCAUGUGGUUCUAUGACACCAGGCCUUGACAUUAAACAAACUUUGCCCACAUUAAACUUUGCCCCAAUCAAUGGGAAUCUUGCUUCAUGAUGCAUGUCUCUGUGAACUUUUUACUGAAUCAUUGUCAGAUUAAAUCAAUGCAGGUUCCCCUAAUAAAGUUUCAGCUUUCCCCCCAGACAUGAAGAAUGCGAGAAACGAUUGCACUGAGCAUGUGAAUUCAUAUAUAUGUUCAAGUUUCCUGCAAACGUAUAUCUAAUAAGUUUAUAAUUGCGGCUGGAGAGCAUGCAUCAUGGCCUAUUACCAUUUCACUUUUACAAUAAAGCCAGUUUUGUAGAAAGCUACAUUUUUAAUCUUCAACUCGCUCUGAAUAAAAUGUCACUAAUAAAUGACUUUCAUAAAAAUUAUGACAGCUACUCAUUAUAGUAACUCAGCUCAACAAGACUAAAGGUCUAAAGCCCCAGUAGUGGCCUCGAGAGGCUGCACUGUUCAUUACACCUCACAAGGUGACAGACUCACGGAGUGUCGAAAAUGAAAAUGGGCAACCCUGUGUGAGGAAUGAAGAUGGUCAGAAAAUUCAGUUUUUUAAAUGGAAAUUGUAGCUUGAUGGUGGCUCUAGAAAAAAAAAAAACACAUCUGGGGUAUCGUGAAUAUCUGCACCACAAUUUAUGGCAAAGUGGUCAGGCAUGUUGCCCUAGACCUGGAAAAGUUUAAGCUGACAGUGGCACUAGAAUAAAGGUCAUAGGGUCACCAAAAUCCUUAGGAACACUGCUUAUAAAUAUUCAUACAAAAUGCCAUUGUAAUCAAACCAGUAGUUUAUGUUGCUGUGGACCAAAGUGUUGAACAAACAGAUGGACUGAUCAUCCAAGGUCAAAGCACACCAUAUCCCACAUUCAUACCAUAAGAUAUACAGCAAAUCAUAAUAUAAUGCUGCUAAAGAGUUUUAAGUCAAUGUUCCUUGAUGUGAAUUCUCAGUAAGUGUGUGACACUGUAGUUCUCUUUGCAACAGCCUACAAAAGUGCACAUCUGCAUAUAAAUGCGAGUCAUCUUCCUCUGACGCGCCAGAUGCUUCCUCCGCUGUCAUCUUAAAGUUACACUGUAUCUCAGCACGGCACGGCUCGGCUCUCUUAUCUCUGACCCGCUGUGAUUGUGAUGGGACGGGCUUGGGUGAAAGCAGCCUGAUUCGCUGCUGUCUGUGGAUACCAAAACCCCGCUCACACAGCACAUGCCUUUCCUCUGUUCAUGCUGUCACUGUCAGAGAGGUCCGGGCAGCAGCAGUCGGUGCUCGAUUGGUUUCGUCUGAAGAAACCAUGGCAGACCUAGAGGAUAAUGUUACAAUUCCUGAGUUCAGCUGCCUUCUCCAAAUGGAUCCCUAUCUCAAAAAGUACGAGAAGGACUUCAAGAGGAGGUAUGAGCUGCUACAGAAGCAGCUUGUACAGCUGGAAGAGGCAGAGGGUGGCUUUGACCAGUUCACACGCAGCUACAGGACCUUUGGCGUGCAGCGACUGCCUGACAACUGCCUGGUCUUUAAAGAGUGGGCUCCGGCUGCAGAGGCCCUCUUCCUGACUGGUGACUUCAAUGACUGGAACAAAUUCGCCAACCCCUACACCAAGAAAGAAUUUGGCAAGUGGGAACUGAUUCUGCCGGCUAAGUAUGACAAGUCUCCAGCUGUGACUCAUAAGACCAAACUCAAGGUGGUCGUUCACACUAAGGAAGGUGAGCGGCUGUACAGGAUCUCCCCGUGGGCAAAAUACGUGACCAAGGAUGAUAAAUCUGUCAUCUACGACUGGGUGCACUGGGAUCCCCCUCAGCCUUACAUCCAAAUUCACCCUCGGCCAAAGAAGCCCUUGAGCCUGAGAACAUACGAGGCGCACGUGGGCAUCGCUUCACCAGAUGCGACGAUCGCCUCGUACACCAACUUCACAAAAAACGUGUUGCCUCGUAUAAAAGAUCUGGGUUACAACUGUAUUCAGCUGAUGGCUAUCAUGGAGCACGCCUACUAUGCAAGCUUUGGGUAUCAGAUCACGAGCUACUUUGCUGCUUCCAGUCGGUACGGUACCCCAGACGAGCUGAAGCAGCUGAUCGAUGUGGCUCAUUCGAUGGGCAUCAUCGUGCUGCUGGACGUCGUUCACAGCCAUGCGUCCAAGAACACAGAGGACGGUCUGAACAGGUUCGAUGGCUCUGACUCCUGUUUCUUCCACUCUCCACCCAGAGGGGAGCACAAGCUCUGGGACAGCCGCCUCUUCAACUACUCCAGCUGGGAAGUGCUGCGGUUCUUAUUGUCAAACCUGCGCUGGUGGAUGGAGGAGUACCGCUUUGACGGCUUCAGAUUCGAUGGUGUUACGUCUAUGCUCUACCAUCACCAUGGCAUCGGCGCAACCUUCUCAGGGGACUACAGCGAGUACUUUGGCCUUCAGGUGGACGAAGACUCUUUGGUUUACCUGAUGCUUGCCAAUCACAUUCUUCAUACCCUUUAUCCUGACUGCAUCACUGUUGCAGAGGAUGUGUCAGGGAUGCCUGCUCUCUGCAGAGCAGUGGAGGAGGGAGGACUUGGUUUUGAUUACCGACUGGCUAUGGCCAUUCCUGACAAGUGGAUUCAGAUCCUGAAGGAGUUAAAGGAUGAGGACUGGAGCAUGGGCAAUAUUGUCUACACGCUGACCAACAGGCGCUAUGGAGAGAAAUGCAUAGCCUAUGCAGAAAGCCAUGAUCAGGCUCUGGUUGGGGAUAAGACCCUGGCCUUCUGGUUGAUGGACAAGGAGAUGUACACCAACAUGAGCUCCAUAGUUCCCAUGACACCCGUCGUUGACCGCGGCAUACAGCUGCAUAAGAUGAUUCGUCUCAUCACUCAUGGCCUGGGUGGAGAAGGCUACCUCAACUUCAUGGGGAAUGAGUUUGGCCAUCCUGAGUGGCUGGAUUUCCCCAGAGUGGGGAACAAUCAGAGUUACCACUAUGCCCGCCGGCAGUAUAACCUACUGGAUAUGGAUCACCUCCGCUACAGUCAGCUCUACGCCUUUGACCGGGACAUGAACCGUACCGAAGACAAGUAUGGCUGGCUGGCUGCCCCACCUGCCUUUGUCAGCGCCAAGCAUGAAGAGGACAAGGUCAUUGUGUUUGACAGGGCAAAUGUGCUCUUUAUCUUCAACUUCCACCCCAGUAAGAGCUUCCAGAGCUACAGGGUGGCUGUAGAAGUUCCAGGAAAAUACAAAAUCAAGCUGGAUUCAGAUGAACGUCCGUACGGAGGUCAUGGACGUCUGGACCACAACACGGAGUUCUUCAGUGAGGCCCAGCCCUUCAACGGCCGCCCCAACUCCAUGCAGGUCUACAUCCCCUGCAGAACAGCUAUUGUCCUGGCCAACGAGGAGAUAGAUUACUGUUAUUAGAGGGAGAUUGUCUCCACAGAGACGAGGAUCGAGAAUGGAUUCCAACCCCAACUGAGUGUUAACAAUCACCUCCAUCUUAAAGUGUCAACCUUGCAUGCCACCCAAACCCACUUUUUGUGUUCGAGUCUUUUUCUAAAUGGGGAGAAAAAAACAUUUUGAGCUUGUGUGCUUUCAGACACCAUCUGCAACCUUAGAUGCUGUGUAACCCCAUUUACUACAGAUUGGUCCAUUUGGGAAGCAUCCAACAUAACCAGCAGCUAGAUGCUAAAACUCAAAACCCUGCCGAGUCCAUCCACCACUAGCCAGCAGCCAUUUAUAGGCUCUGUUGAAUUUGGCGUGUCAUGUGAAACACAUGACCGGAUACUGUGGCAGAGGGCGGCAAUGCAGCAAGCAUUCAUUUAUUCAAACAUGACAGAAGCUCAGAGGAAUAAGAAUAUUUUAGAUUGUUAUGAUGACAGAUUUUACUUGGUUUAAUAAUUUUAUAUUUGAAUAUAAAUAAUAUAAGAGAUUUAUCAUAUUACCAGCACUUGAAAAUCAAAACGUCCAGGUAUUUAAACACCGAGGAGCCAUCUUUGUUAAUUUGCAUUGUGGGACAUUGUAGGUAUAAAAAUGUUGUAAUUUGCACAAAGUAAUAAUCUGCUUUGAAUUAUUACACUUUUAAUGGGCACGUAAAACAAUUGUGUUGUAAUGUUUGGAUUUAUGCAGCUACUGGGAGCAUUUAUGUGGUUAUUUAUGGCCCAGUUAUUAAGCCAGUAAUUUUCAGCUAAAGAAAAGUGAUAAUAUCACCUCAUUUGAAUUGUUCACAAUGCCUUGCAUAAUACACAAGUAACAUUUUCAGCUGAAUUGCACAGUUUUUUCCUUUGCAUAAAGUGAUGCAGUUUUCCCCUACAGUAGAUCACAUUAAGUCAUUUAUGUCAUGAAUUUCACUAAACUCUUACUAAACUGCUAAUUCAACCAAAAUAAAUUGGCGCUGAUCAUCAACACAUCAUUUUGUGGCAGGCGAGACACUUUUGACAUUUGACUCACACACCCAACUACUUUAAGAUACCAGGAUUUAUGUGCACCGUGUUCAUUAGAUACUUCAGCAUUCCACAAGUUCACACAGAAAGCGGAUGUGAGCAAAAGUUUCCAAUUAGCUCUGACUUCAGUGACUUUUGUGACUCAGCACACUUGAUGAUUGAACAUCUCAAAGCUGCAGUGCUCAUCCUGUGUUCCCCAUAGCCGUUAUGUUAGAAGGUUAUUGAUUAACUAGUCAAGUCAAGAUUUAUUUAUGAAACAACAUUUGACCAAAGUGCUCUGCAAUCAAAAUAGCAAAAAGUAUAAAACAACAAUAAAAACACAGACGAGUUUAAAAGACAAAAAGACAAUAAGAUGAUAGAAGCAAUAAAACCAUAACAAUAAAAAAAACUCUCAUAUUGAGUCAUUAGAGGAAUAAAGAUUUGUUUUAAGCUUAAAAGUCUAACAUGCAGAAGCAACUCGUCAAAGAGUUUGGCUGCUACAACUGCGAAGGCACGAUCUCCCCUGUGCUCCGGCCUUGAUCUUAGGACAAUGAGAAGCAGCUGGUCAGCAGACCUGAGUGACCUUGAUGGGACAUGUGGUUGUAAAAGGUCAGUGAGACAGGUUAGAGGUAGCCCUUUUAAUGAUUUGUAGGCAUACGAUAAAAUCAGUCCUAAAACAUACAGUGAGCCAGUGAAGGGAGGUCAGUACGGGGGAAAUUGUUCUCUCGCUUGCUCGCUCGCUCGCUCGCUUGCUCUUAAAAGAUGAGCUGUGGCAUUCUGGACCAACUGCAAGCAUGAGAGGGAGGCCUGGCUAGUGCCAACAUAAAGGGCAUAACAGCAGUCAAGUCAGGACGAGAUAAUAACCCUUUCAAAAUAAAUGCACGAUAAAAAGGACUUGACCUUAGAUAAGAGUCUUAGCUAGAAAAAGCUAGAGUUGAUCACUGAAUUUAUCUGUUUGUCAAAUUUAGAAUCAGUGUUAUUACACACAUAUGUGGGUUUUACACAUACAGGAAACACAGGUCCAUACGAGCAGCAAAAGAGUCAAAAUAACAGGACUUCAGUUUUACUCUCAUUAAAUUUUAUUAGAAUUAGGGCCAUCCAACUUUAAAUAGUCCAACAGUGAUUUUAAAAAGGUGGCAACAUUCUGUUUCAAAGGCCGGUCAAUUUGAGUCUGAUCUGCAUGACAGUGGAAUGAGAUGCCAUAUUUUCUAAGGGUGUUUUCACACAUAGUCCAUUUUUAAAAGAACCAAGCUCAGUCCUCUUCUGUUGGUCUAUUUUGGGUUCACUUAAAAAGGGACUCUAUUUUUAUGGUCACAUUGCAGUUUCUCUGGAGAUCUCAGACCUAUUUUAUGACUAAUACAGUGAUAAUACUAAUAAUACAAUAACAUAUGCACAUAUCAUCCACCCUCACAUAUGUGCAAAUGUUCACUCAUUGCUCUAUCAAGUUCAUUUUGAGGCCAGAAAUGGACCAAGUGUGGAAACACCCUAAGAAUGAACCCUAAGGUGAACAUGUAGAGGGAAAAUCGGAUUAGCCGGAGAACAGAACCCUGAGGGACUCCAGAAGGCUGACAGAAAAGCUUCCGUCAAAAGUCAGACCACCCCCAACCAAAACAUGUACGAACUGAGGAACAUCACUGAUGAUAGGUGACUGUUUUGUGACUGAACUCGCUCACUCAGGCAAAAUGUCAUGAAAAUGGUCUUUCAUAUGACAGGCUUUAUCCUUUGUGGUUGCAUUUUUGCAAACGACUGUGAUAACUGAUCUUUUUCCAGCCUUUGAGUUGUCUUGAUUUCCAUCCUCCUUCUAAAAGUCCCUUGUUUCCGUAUGAAUGGACGUCUUUUGGACACUUUCCAGUAUUCUCUGCACGUUCUAUCAAAGCAAACAGUGUUACAACUAAAACAAGAGCUGAUUUUCAGCAUCCUCUAUAAAAGCUAAUGCUUUGAUUUACUGCCAUGGAUACUGUAAUUCUGUGAUCCACACCUACUGCAUUAGUGCAGAUUCCCAGUCAUUUAAGCCGUACAUUGUAGCAUAAGGCAGGUUUUGAUCUGCCUCCCCUGCAGCUGAAGGAAAAAAAAAAACACAUUCAUAUUCAGGACCAUCCUCCUGUGUUUAGCCAAAAGUAUCAUGAACAUGUCAUUUCUUUUUGUGUAACACCAAAGCAUUAAAAAAUGCCUUUCUCCAUCUCUGAAAAAGCACAGAGAGGAUCACUCUGCAUAAAUUUCAAGCAACAAGGUUGUGAGAGAGAAGUGCGUUGAGUGUUUAAUCAUUCUUCAUCUGACCCAAUGUCAUUGUCAUUUUACCUCUGCCAAAAUGAAUUGUCUGCAUUUGUUCUCAAAAGUAAAACUGAUGUCUGAUACACAGAAA